UUUAUUUGAUCAGUCUUGAUACGACUAAAUUAUCUAAUCUAGUUUGAUAUAAAAGUACAAAUUGAUUACAGUCAAGUACCUGAAAUUGUCAGUACCUAAAUUUUAUUAGUUAAGCCCCUUUUUGGGCAUAUAGAGAGGCUUAUACGGCGCCUUUCUUGAAACCGUUACAAGUUUUUGUUACAUUUUUAAUUUUUUUUGAGAAAUUACAGUUUAAUCAGAGGGUGGGCAAGUCGGGAUUGAACCCGUGUCAUCGUAGACAAGAGUCCACGACACUAACCAAUUGGCUAGCAAUUCUACCUAAAACUGUCCACCAAUCGUAGCUCCAUGUAUCGAACUGGAACUAGCCCCCAUUGAAUUAAUUAGAGCGAAUAUUUUUUUUCUUGAUUGAAUCUCAUCAAAAUAAUUUAAGAAAAUUAAAAUUAUCAUUUUCAUGACAAUUUCUAAGUGUUUAGAGGAUUAGUUCAAGUAAAAUAUUUUUUUGAUCAAAAUGAUUGAUUAAUUUACACCCCUUUCAAAUCGCCCGCCCUUCGAAUAAUCCGUACAAAAGGGGGUAAUUUUAGGUACUUGACUGUAAUACAUUUGUCAUAAAAUUUUUAAAAUCAGUUUAACAACGACAAUCAUCAUGAUUAGAUCAAUUGUGUUCGUUAUCUUAAUUGUUAAUUCAUUUUCUUUAAUCAAUUGUGAUGAAAACCUAACCAAUCCAUUUUUGAUUUAUACUAACUUUUGUUCAAUGGUGAAAAACUCUACAAUAGCACCUAUUGAGAGUUUGUGUAUAUCUUACGUUGGACUUGCAAAAACUCUUGAGGAUCUAUCGCCCAAAAAUGAGUACGAUUUGUUGACCGAUUGCAAAAAAACACUUCCACCCAGUGAAUUAAAUGAAGUAAUUAAGUCUUGUUCUGAGCCUCACUCGGAAGCGUCCAUAAAUAAGGUACAACAAUCAACUAAUUUUCGAGUAAAUUGCUCAAGGUUCGAGGCUAAUUUAAAUGUGAUCGUUUAUUUUUUAUCAAUUAAGGGAGCAGACUGCGUCAAGAAACUUGGUUAUUCCAAGAAGUUUUUGAGUAAGAAGCCGUUGGAUGCAAUCCUUUCUAUUAAAAAGACUCCUCAAUUACGCGAUUGCGUUAAAAAUAAUUAGUAACCUAAUCAACAGUAAUUUUCAAACUUUAUUUGUUUUUCUCUCUCUCUCUCUCUUUCUCUUGAUUCAAUGAUUUAACCUGUGAAAGUGAUACACCAACUAACGAUGAAUCAAUUCAACGUAUCUUUGAUGCACAAUCUUCACAUACAAGUCAAAUUUAAUUGUUCCAAUAAUUAUGAUAUAAUAUUAAAACACGUUAAUUGAAAUUUUUCUUCAAUUUUGUUUGUUCGCAAACAUUCAACCAAACGUAUGGUAAACAAU